UGUACAUUUCUCACUUUAAUAUUUUAUGAGGACACCGCCGAGUACCUCGCAGACUAACACCGCGGCGCGAUUCAGGCGGCGGAGCGGACGGCAGUCGGCAGGUGGCGUGUUAACUAGGCUGUCCCGAGUCAGGCUCGCUCCGUUAGCCAGCUAGCUAACCUCCCGGUGCUGGCGGCGGUGGGUGCCGCCGCUGAACUUAUAUAACUCCGCCUUACGGGCUGGCCUCUUAUAGAAGGAAAAGGACCAUUCCUCUGCCCCUUUAGUCCUAUAGUUCGCUUGCCCGAUGUCUGCUAGCCGGACAGCUUCGUGUAAGAAGUUCUGCGUUUGUCCCCCUCCCCAAAACUUUAGUUGUCACCAACUUCAGACGUUCGCUGGAUAGUGAGGCUUGAAGGGGGGCAUCUCCGGCCCGGCGUCUCCUUCGGCUAUGAGGCCUUAAAAUCCGCCAGUUUGGCCGUCCAGAGACGACCUGCAGCUUGUCCCUCGGUGUGUGUGUGGCUGUGCGGUUCCCGAGGACCGCCGGGGUGAGAGCGGAUGGCGUUUUAUGCCGGUUACUUCGAGUUUGUGGUGACCAGCAGCUAGGCCGAGUGAUGGUCACUCAGCUACAUACUGUAUGUCCCGGUUUUGCUUUGCCCAUAAAAGUUACUUAGUCAGGCACUCAAGCUGUAGGUGUCGUCCGCUAAAUCGUACCUGUCCUCCCGCAGUGCGCUGACUGCAGGUUGGUCUGGUUUGCAGUACAGGCUCCCAGCUGAAAUAUCCCACUCCUUCGAGUUACUGUAAUAUGGCCUUGCUGAGGACUUGUCUUGAAAUUUGAUUAUAUGUUGAAAGUAGUUUGCAGAAACAAGAAUCCAUGCCAAAAUAUGAAAUAUAGUCACGUGGAUUGUAAUGACGGUGUGUUGGGAGACAGAUUGGUUUUUAAAAAAUCCACAUUUUUGGGGGGUUUGAAAAUGAACAUUCAGAUUAAGCGAAAUAUUAGCAAGCAGGAGAGUGUGGGGGGGAUGUGACUGUGGCUGGUGAAAUCUCAGCCGGGGGUAUUUGAGUAAAUGCUGCGGAUGAGAUGUGAAAGUGGGUGAAUUUCACUCCAGUUAGACAAUAUGCAGAAAGAGCUAUUCCCCUAAUGAUAGAACGAUUUAUGGGUGAAAUUGUGUUUUACACAGAUGGUGCACAUGUUUUUAAUGCACUGCUUAAACUUUAUUGCCACCAAAAACACCUUUUUAGUGAAAUGUCUGGACUAAUCAACCAUGCCCAAUAAAUUAACCUGUUGCUUUGCUGAUUUGGGGGCGGUGCUGAUUUUGACGGUGCUUGAACUCACUGCAGAUUGCCUGCUUCAUCGUUAUAACUGUUACAGUCAUCGAUUGUAAUGACCCUGCUGUGGCUUUGCAUGGGUUUCACAUGGUUAGAUUAUGCAGAUAUGGAUGUUAAAAAUAUUCCCUGUGGCCUGACUUGGCUGGGCGAGGUUUCUGUGUUCUUUACCUCACCUUCUAUUCAUUUAGGUCAGCUGCACUAUGACCUCCUAGGCCCAGUCUGCGUUAACCAUCAACCGCUGGUGACUGCAUGACAGCUCGUGGCGAGUGGGACUUUGCUUUACAGCUGCUGGGUUUCGUCAGUGAAAGAUCUCACUUUUUAUCUGCCCCUUCCCAGCUGGAAGUGUCUCGUCCAGAGCACCCUGAGCUAUGGCCUCCGCUUCGUUACCAGUGUAUAACUCAAACUCUCUGGAUAUAAGCUCCUGCAAAAAUGCGUCAAGGGAGAGCCUUAGGAUGGAGCUGCUCACUGACGCCCCUUGGCUGCCUGGGGAGGAGAGGGUGAUCGACAAAGACAUCAUCUACAUUUGCCCCUUCAGUGGGGCAAUAAAGGGCAGAGUGUUCAUCUCCAACUACAGGCUGUUCUUCAGGAGCGCGGAUGCUGACCCUGCGGUGACUCUUGAGGUGCCACUUGGAGCCAUAAGUCGGGUGGAGAAGAUGGGUGGGGCUUCGAGCCGCGGAGAGAAUUCCUAUGGGCUUGACAUCACGUGCAAGGACAUGAGGAAUCUGCGAUUCGCUCUAAAGCAGGAGGGCCACAGCAGAAGGGACAUCUUUGACAUCCUGUUUCGAUACGCCUUCCCCCUUUCCCACGGACUGCAACUGUUUGCUUUCGUGAGCCAGGAGAAGUUUUCGGAAAACGGCUGGAAUGUUUACAGCCCAAUGCAGGAAUUCAGGCGGCAGGGUCUGCCUAACGAUCAGUGGAGGAUCACCUUCUUGAACAACAACUACGAGCUGUGUGACACCUAUCCCAGCAUCCUGGUCGUCCCGUACACUGCCUCCGACGAGGACCUGCGCAGGGUGGCCACCUUCCGUUCUCGUGGCCGGAUUUCCGUGCUGUCGUGGAUACACCCAGAGAACCAGGCCGUGAUCACACGCUGCAGCCAGCCCCUGGUUGGCAUGGGGGGGAAACGUAACCGUGACGACGAGCGCUACCUGGAGCUCAUCCGCGCCACCAACAGGACGACCAGCAAGCUAACCAUCUUCGAUGCGCGGCCCAACGUCAACGCCGUCGCCAACAAGGCAGGAACUAAUCAGGGGGACAGAUCGUCUCUGUAUGUCUCUGUGUCUGCCUGCCUGUCUGUCUGUCUGCCUGUCUGGCUGCCUGCCUGCCUGUCUGCCUGCCUGUCUGCCUGCCUGCCUGCCUGUCUGCCUGUCUGCCUGCCUGCCUGCCUGUCUGCCUGCCUGCCUGCCUGCCUGCCUGCCUCUGUCCGUGUGCUUGUUUGUCUCUCUCUCUCCCUCUCUCUGUAUGUCUGCCUGUCUGUCUGCCUGCCUCUGUCCGUGUGCUUGUCUGUCUCUGUCUCUCUCUCUCUCUCCCUCUCUCUGUCUGUCUGCCUGCCUGUCUGCCUGCCUCUGUCCAUGUGCUUGUCUGUCUGUCUCUCUCCCUCUCUCUGUCUGCCUGCCUGUCUGCCUGCCUGUCUGUCUGCCUGCCUCUGUCCGUGUGCUUGUCUGUCUCUGUCUCUCUCUCUCCCUCUCUCUGUCUGUCUGCCUGUCUGUCUGCCUGUCUGUCUGCCUGUCUGUCUGCCUGCCUGCCUCUGUCCGUGUGCUUGUCUGUCUCUCUCUCUCUCUCUCUCCCUCUCUCUGUCUGUCUGCCGGUCUUUAUGGGCCUCAAACUGCUUGCAGGCCACAGGCGGUGGGUACGAGGGUGAAGAUGCUUACCAGAAUGCUGAGCUGGUGUUCCUGGACAUCCACAAUAUCCAUGUGAUGCGCGAGUCGCUAAAGAAGCUGAAGGACAUCGUGUACCCCAACGUGGAGGAGUCCCACUGGCUGUCCAGCUUGGAGUCCACACACUGGCUAGAGCACAUCAAGCUGGUGCUCUCGGGGGCCAUCCAGGUGGCAGACAGGAUCUCGUCAGGGAGCUCGGUGGUGGUGCACUGCAGCGACGGCUGGGACCGCACUGCCCAGCUGACCUCACUGGCCAUGCUCAUGCUGGACGGCUACUACCGCACGCUGAGGGGCUUCCAGGUCCUACUGGAGAAGGAGUGGCUCAGCUUCGGGCACAAGUUUGCGUCUAGGAUCGGCCAUGGCGAUAAGAACCACGCCGAUGCUGACCGCUCUCCCAUCUUCCUGCAGUUUGUGGAUUGCGUGUGGCAGAUGACCAAGCAGUUCCCCACAGCAUUCGAGUUCAACGAGCACUUCUUGGUGACCGUACUGGACCACUUAUACAGCUGCCGCUUUGGGACGUUCCUGUUCAACUGUGAGAGCUUGCGGGAAACUAGCGAGGUCAAGAAGAAGACUGUGUCCCUGUGGUCCUUCAUCAACAGCGAGGCGUCCUCCUACAGCAACCCCUUCUUCACGGUGGACCUCAGCCACGUGCUCUACCCUGUGGCCAGCAUGCGGCACCUGGAACUCUGGGUGUCCUACUACAUCCGGUGGAACCCGCGCAUCCGGCAGCAGCAGCAGAGUCCAAUGGAGCAGCGCUAUAAGGAGCUUCUGGCCCUUAAGGAGCAGUACCUGAAGAAGCUGGAGGAGCUCCAGCUUUCGGACCAGGCCCCACAGGUGUCAUCCCGGGGCCCACACCUGUCCAACAGCGCCGGCCCCUCCCCCAGCUCGCCCCCACCACGGGUCACGCGCCUGCAAACCCCCUUCUAAUGCUUAGCCCCGCCUCCGAGGAGUCUGACAUCAUGACGAUGUCGCCAGUAAUGACCAAAGCUGGGACGGCGACGGUAAUGAAACUACAGCGCAAUAAAUCACAGGACAGCCUUGGCGACGGCCAGAAGCCUUAAGAGGAGUGUGCGUCGUAUACAUGCUGGGGACGUGUGUGGCUUUACGGCCUUUAAUAAGCACCAGCCCCCUGCCCUGGGGUCCAGGAGGCCCCUCAGCCUGGACACUGACUGGUACCAUUUAAGGGAAAAAAAUAACGUUUAAUUUAUAUAGCAAUAAAUUAUACCAUAUAUAUGGUAUAAUUAUACGUAUUUAUAUAUAUAACUUUUUUGUUGCACCUUUUUCAGUAUUCAAUUAGGCUGCACUGCCUGGUAUUAGCAUUUUUAAACAUUUUAAUGCAGUGUGAUCUGCAUUGACUGCAGCAGGUGCUCUCCUCAGUGCCCUGGAUUCUCUGAAGUGUGUGGGAUGUGACUUCAGGUUGGUUUAAGUUUGUCAGAAGUGCAGGGAGUCUUUUGGGUAAGGGUUAGGUUAGAGUUAGGGUCAGAAGUGCAGGGAGUGUUUUUGGUGUUUCGCGUUUCCUGUCAUUCUCCUUAUAACUGACAUAGACUUUUUUGGAUCAAACCACAAAAGUUUUAAAUGCAUUGUUCAGCUGAGAAUAUAAAACAGUCUGAGCUCUGGCUUUUAUUAAUAUCUUGUUAAUUGGCCUUUCAGUAUCUGCUAAUGGUUACUAACGGAAUUUCAAACUGAGCUGCAAAAAACUAGGAUCCCCAUCCUAAACACCACUGACAUUUGGUUUCCUGUUUUCUUGACAUAUGAUCACUUGUUACCAGCUAAUCAUUUCAGCGAUUUUCCUGUCAUGCUACCAGCUUUUGGUAGUGAAUGCCUUAAGGUUUGAGUUCAUAUCUUUGCUUAUGAAAGAUCUCAGAACUGUAAAACUGAGAGUGGAGGUGUACUGUAAAAAUCCGAAGUUGCGCUGAAUACUGAAAGCGAGGACUACGAUCGUGGGUCGGUAGGCAGGGGGGGUUACGUUUCGCCGCAUGUGCCUUUUGCUGUCUGAGGUCUCCCUUAGAGCGACUCUUUGUAUGGAAACAUUAGCCACUGACUGACUACAGGGUCACCGACAAAGGCUCCCUGAAGCCCUUUCGUACUACGACGUCACCUGAGCUUUCACCGGCCGACAGUCAGCCGCUUCGUCUCAUUAGCGCCCUCUAGCUUGAAGUGCAGCAGGGGGCCAGUAAGAGUGAAUGGUGGGCCACCCCUCCCUUCCUUGGAAAGUUUCAUUUCUGCGUUUUUGACACUUUGACCUCAGUGAGGAUUUACAUGAAAUGAGCAAAGCAACAAAGAUAGUGAGUGGUUGGUUUUGGGGGAUGAAUGUUUUUACUUUGUGCAAGUACACUAAUUAUGUAAUUACCUCAGAAUGCCUAUUUUAUUGUUUAAUGUUAUGCUAUUGUAAAAUAUAAUAUUUUAUUUAGUGUAAAGCUCGGUGGUUUUACGAAAGAAUAAUGUUUAUUAACUUUAAUUAGCAGAAGCCUACUCCAUGCCUCGUCUCUCUGCCUUUGUGGAUGUGUGUGUUUGAUCCUUGCCUUACAGUAGGUCAGACGCCGCCACGCACUACAUGGCAAUGUAAAACAAGCCAUAAGGUAGAGAUUCCUGUCAGACCCCAGCUCUGCUGAGCUCUGCGGAGCUUUGGGUGAGGACACAUGCUGCUCGGCCUCAGACGAUGUGCCCUCUCAUAACCUGUGACCCGCACUCUUUCUCCACUACGUUGUCUUGUGUAAAAGUGGCUGACCAGUGCUACCAAAGCCGUGCUUUCCAGAGUUAGCCUACACAUGCUAGCAAACGCUUAGCUCGGCGCUUCUCGCACGUGCUCCCCCAGAACCUGCCUGGACUGCUGAAGGGCUUUGUUAGUUUAUUACUUGAACCAGACUGGCUGGUGUUGGACCAUGGGCGAGGAACAUGGAGGGAAUGCUUGGCACCUGGCGCUCCUUGCAGUGAUGUUGGAGACAUCGAUUGAAGGACAUUCUGUGUCUCGCUAAAUGUCCCUCGAGCAGACGGCUCGGCUGUUCGUUCUAAGGCUCGCAUCUUUUCCGUUUUUUGACUCCAUUCUGCUUCUUGUCGAUGAAAUGUUCGAAAGGGGUUAAUGUCUCUAAAUUAGACAGCAUAUUAACUCAUGUAACCUUGGCAACUGUCCUGGUAACCUGAAUCAACAAAUCAUUUUAUUACUGUUAUUUUAAUCACUUUUUAAAAGAAGCAAUAUGAAGUGAAGUAAUUUUAACUUUCCACAGGCAACUUGAAGCAUGGAUAGUGGUUGUCUGCACUGAGUGGAAUAAAAGUUCUGCUACAUUAGCUGGUUCUGCAUUAGUGCUAGUUGAUAUGUAGGCCUCACUUGACCUGGUUAAAAAGCUGCUUACUUGCACUACUUUCCAGACUCUCAAACCACGUUUUAUCAUUGUGUAUCAGAAGGAGACUAUUGUUAAGAGAGUGUGUGUGCGUGUGUUUUGUAAUGAAGGGAAUUGAAUCUAAGAUUUAAUAAAGAAUUAUAAAAUCCUUCA